AUGCAAAACACUGAACAGUCUGUGCGCGAAAUUUCUCCUUCAAUGGCUACUUCAUCAAUCCAAGCACAGGUUUCUCAAUUACCAAAUGAUCAAUCUAGUCAAUCCCAAAAUUCGUUGUUAACUCGACAUUUCCAGCCUUACACUCCUGUGUCGAAAGAGGUGAAGUUUUUAUACAGUCCGGGAUUGAGCAUUCCAUCUCCAAUUGACAAUCAGUUGGCCUGUUCUCAGUUUGUGAACUCAAAUGGAGGAUAUCCUCCAUUGCAUGCGCAAAAUGACGGCAUGAAGAAGAAGAGUAAUGCAAGAGCAGCGGUGAAGAUCUCUCAUCCAGAGACUAAAGAGGAGCUUAAACUUGAUGAAAUUGCAAAAGCAAGAAAGGAGUCUAGUACAAGGACACAUUUUGGUGUGCAGACUCAAGCUUAUCCUGUCACCUACAGCCCCUAUAGCUUCAUGAAUUAUUAUCCUCACAUGCAGCUGGAUCCCCUAAUCUCGAAAACUCCAACUUCAGCAGCUGUUACAGGAUCGGAGAUAGUUCCUGCUGCUGUACGACGAAGUCAGAAUUAUUUAGGGCCUAGAAGGAAUGGAGUUAACCAUGAAAAAUUGAAGACUCAACCACAAGUUGCAAAUAAGUCAAGGCCAAUAGUGGCGGCGAAACCUGCAACUUCUGUCGCGUCAUCUCAUGAAGCUAAUCCUUCUGCAGUAUCUGCUGAUCUGGGAAAUGUUGCUCGGAAAGCCAUGAGAGAUGAUGACAAGACUCCAGAAAUUGGAAAUUCAGAUUUAAAUAAGAAAGAGUUCCAGCAACAGCAGGAUCGAAAGCAAUCUGAAUGUGCGUCUGAGUCGCCUCUGAUUUCUAGAAAUAGUACUUCUACAUCUCGAAAAUCAGAUGGUACUAAUUCUAAACCACUUUCCUCCUUAGCAAAGCCUUUUAUCAGUCAACUGAAGAUUCUGCCUCAUGAGGUUGCUGGCACAGUUAGCAUUAGAGUGUCAGGGAAACUGAAGUACUCAAAAGAUUUUCUUUUGGCAUUCUCCAGUCAGUUUGUGGAACUUCCUACAGAUUUUAAAUUGGUGGAUGACACUGUGAAGUGCCUCAUUUCAAGUAAUUUGUCUGCUCUGGAUGGUCAUCAGUACAUAGUUCAGGAUGGUAGCAUGUGGAUCAAAACAACUUUCCCUAGUGAAUCUAAAGUGGAACCAUGGAGCUUUGUCGGGGAGAAUUUUGGAAUCCAAAACUUCCAUACUGAUGGUAGAACAGGUUUGUUGCAACCACCAAUGUUGCAUCGACCUCUGAGAAGCAAAUGCCGUGAUGUUGAGUUAGGUCUUAGAGUUUUGCCGCGAUCCUCUAUGCAAUUCAUGCAUAAAGCCGAGAGAAAAUAUGAGGUGCGGAAAGCAAUCGUUGACAUUGAAGAGGCAAAACAAAGAAGGUUGAAGUCUAUUCUCAACAAGUUAACACCUCAAAACUUUGAGAGGCUGUUCCAGCAAGUCAAGGAAGUUAACAUUGAUAACACCAUCACUCUGUCAGGUCUCAUUUCCCAGAUAUUUUACAAAGCCCUCAUGGAACCUACAUUCUGCGAGAUGUAUGCAAGUUUUUGCUGGCAUCUCGCCGGCGUGCUUCCUGAUUUCGUCGAGGGCCAUCAGAAAAUCACAUUCAAAAGACUCUUACUGAACAAAUGUCAGGAGGAAUUUGUGAGAGGAGAAAGAGAGGAAGCAGAAGCUAGUAAAAUAGAAGAGAGUACCGGAGGAGAAACCAUGCUCGCGCUCGCCAAGGGCAAAAGAGCGGAAACAAGAACUGGAGCACGAAGACGGAUGUUAGGAAACAUAAGAUUGAUUGGAGAACUGUACAAAAAGCGAAUGCUGACAGAGAGGGUGCUCCGCGAAUGCAUUAACAAACUCCUUGGAGAUCAACCUAAUCCUGACGAAGAAGACAUAGAAGCUCUUUGCAAGCUAAUGAGUACAGUUGGGGAGAGAGUGGACCAUCCGAAAGCGAAAGAUCAGGUUGAUGCAUACUUUGAGAAGAUGAAAUCCCUGUCAGAAGACGAUCAUCUGUCAUCAAGGAUCAGGUUCAUGUUGAAGGAUGUGAUUGAUCUCAGGAAAAACAAAUGGAAGCAAAGGCAAAAAGUCGAAAAGCCAAAGAAGAUUGAGGAGCUACACAGUGAUGCAGCUCAAGAAAGAAGAGCACUUGUGAAUCAACUCAUAUCUGGCUCAAGUUUCAACUCAUUCAACAACAACAACAACAGCAGAAGGGUCCCUGGAAAUUCAGUUUCUGCUGGAUCAACAUCAGCUUUCCAGUCUCCUCAAAAUUCCAGACCAAUGAUUCUUCAUGGAUUUGCAGCUCAGGGUGUCAGAGGUUUACAUACCAAACAUCACAUUCAAGGGUCAGGCUCAGUUUCAUUUCCCAGGAAAAGUGAUGCCAAAAAUACAGCCCAAAUGGUUGGAAAUCGAACUGGUUCUUCCAGAAAACCGCGUACUAGAACUAAAAGCCAAUAA